AUGACAGGGAGCUCACGCGACAUUUUCGAGCUGGGCAUGGGCAAGGCCGCACCACGCUCGGGCCAAGCUGGCAGUCCAAGCAAACCUAGGUCUGGGCGUGACCAGCGUUGUGGAAGAAGUAGAUCUCCAAAAUUGGCUCCUCAGAAGAGAUCGAUGCGCCACGUGGGUGGCCAGAUGCAGCAGGGUAGUGCGGCGGGGGCCACUGCUCUGUACGAGAAUGGUGGCCCGGCAGUCUCUGGUGGAGAUGCGGGGGAUGCUGUCAUGGCCCGCUGGCUGCAGUCUGCUGGGUUGCAGCAUCUGGCCUCUCCAAUGGCGUCCAAUGCAGUGGAUCACCGCAUGCUUCCUAAUCUAUUGAUGCAGGGCUAUGGACCUCAGUCUGCAGAAGAGAAGCAGAGGCUUUUCAAACUUAUGAGGAAUCUCAACUUCAAUGGUGAAACUAGUUCUGAGCCUUAUACCCCAAGUGCCCAAAGUUCGGGUGCAUUUGCUUCGUCAGAAGGAUUUUAUUCUCCUGAGUUUAGGGGGGAUUUUGGAGCUGGACUUUUGGAUCUACAUUCUAUGGAUGACACAGAGCUACUGUCUGAUCAUGUUAUUUCUGAGCCAUUUGAGCCUUCUCCUUUCAUGCCUGCUGUGAGCAAAGCUUUUGAGAGCAACUUUGAUGAGGUAGCCAACAGACAGCAGAGAGGGCAAACAGACACAGAGACACCUGCUGGAUCAUCUGCUAAUGAAAAAGAAAACAGCACGAGGGAGAACAAUGUGGCUAAGAUUAAAGUUGUGGUACGCAAGAGGCCUUUGAACAAGAAGGAACUUUCUCGCAAAGAGGAUGAUAUUGUGACUGUGUACGAUGAUGCCUAUUUAACGGUCCAUGAACCAAAGUUAAAGGUCGACCUGACUGCAUAUGUGGAGAAACAUGAAUUUUGUUUUGAUGCAGUUCUAGACGAGCAUGUGACGAAUGAUGAGGUUUACCGGAAUACUGUGGAGCCAAUUAUACCCACCAUUUUUCAACGUACCAAAGCUACAUGUUUUGCAUAUGGUCAAACAGAGAAAGCUGCCGUGUUAACAAUGGUGACAGUGGUUUGGUGUUACUCUGCUUUACAUAGAAACCAGAAUGUGAAUUCUUUCUUCAGAGUAUUGUUGUAUGGAAGUGGCAAGACUUACACAAUGCAGCCAUUGCCUCUCAGAGCAGUAGAAGACCUUGUUAGAUUGCUGCAUCAGCCAGUUUAUCGUAAUCAAAGAUUUAAGUUGUGGCUUAGCUAUUUUGAGAUCUAUGGGGGAAAACUAUUUGAUCUGUUGAGCGAUAGGAAGAAAUUAUGCAUGAGGGAAGAUGGCAGACAGCAAGUUUGUAUUGUUGGAUUGCAGGAGUUUGAAGUAUCAGAUGUGCAUAUUGUGAAAGAAUAUAUUGAGAGGGGAAAUGCAGCUAGAAGUACUGGCUCAACCGGUGCUAAUGAAGAGUCCUCAAGAUCACAUGCAAUUUUGCAACUGGCUGUGAAGAAGCACCCGGAGGUGAAAGAAUCUAAGAGAAAUAUUAAUACUAAUGAUGCCAAUGAAUCCAGGAGUGGGAAGGUUGUUGGAAAGAUUUCUUUUAUUGAUCUUGCUGGUAGCGAGAGAGGUGCUGACACUACAGAUAAUGAUCGACAAACGAGGAUUGAAGGAGCCGAAAUUAACAAAAGUCUAUUGGCACUCAAGGAGUGUAUUCGAGCGCUUGACAAUGACCAGAUUCACAUCCCAUUCCGUGGAAGCAAACUUACUGAGGUGCUCCGUGACUCUUUUGUUGGUAAUUCACGGACUGUUAUGAUCUCUUGCAUCUCCCCAAACGCUGGCUCAUGUGAGCACACUCUCAAUACCUUGAGAUAUGCCGAUCGGGUCAAAAGUCUUUCCAAAAGUGGAAACCCACGAAAAGAUCAGGCGAAUUCACUGCCACCUGUUGUCAAGGAACCUUCAUCAUCGGCUCCGACUUUGCCGGUAACUGCUGAGUCAGAUGAUGCGUAUGAGCAGCUUCAAGUGUCUAAAGUAGUGGAUACAAGCAGAAGGCGUGCGGCUAAGGAAACUCCAUCUUUUAACGAUGAGAAACUUCCAUCCAGUUUUUCCUCGAAUGUCAACUUCAAUGGCCAUGAAGGAGUUGAGCUAGCCGCUGGUGGUGAACGAGAACGGCCUCUUGAUGUUAGAAAUGCUUUUAGGGCUCCUCCUAGCCAGAAGAUUUCGGUGGGCAGUUAUUCACAGAGUUCAACUGAUGUUGAAGAGAAAAUGCAGAAAGUGUCCCCACCACGACAGAAAGCAGCUUACAGGGAUGAAAUGGUUGAGAAGGCGGGAAAAAGAGAUAUUGACAGCUCGGAUAUUAUGUCGCCAAGUAGUUAUAAGCAGAGGAUGGCGUACAGUUCUAGUACGAGUAACACUGGCACUAAACAGUAUGAACCCGAGCCAUCUCCCGAUGGGAGGAUGAAUGAGAUACUUGAAGAAGAGGAGGCUCUUAUUGCCGCGCAUAGAAAGGAGAUUGAAGAUACUAUGGAGAUAGUUCGUGAGGAGAUGAAACUAUUAGCAGAAGUUGACCAGCCGGGCAGCCAAAUUGACAAUUACGUGACGCAAUUGAGUUUUGUCCUCUCCCGGAAAGCUGCUAGUCUGGUCAGCCUUCAAGCCCGGCUGGCAAGGUUCCAGCAUCGGCUGAAAGAGCAGGAAAUUCUUAGUCGAAAGAGGGUACCCCGCUAAGAAGAAAGCGACACUUUCAGUUUCGAAAGGCAUUAAUGCACUUUUUAUUAUUGUGUACCAAAUUAACUGCUAAGUAUACAUACAAAAAUUGCAAGGCUUGAGUUUGUACUUGUGGAGCACUAAAGGCAAAGGUACAACUGUUGAAUGAAAAAUGUUGUGAAACUCAUGGGUUAUCUGGUGUUUUCCACUUGUUAUGUUGCAAAUCUGGGAAGAGUUAUGGGACUGCAAGCACACCGAACACGAAGAUGGCUCUCUAUAUUUCUUGAUUCUGAACGUUGUUAACAAGAAUGUGUUUAUAGCUAGAUUCUGUUGUACAUUUCUUGCCUUUUUCUUUCUUUGAUCGUUGGGCCUUUUCGCUUUUGGCUUUGCCCCGGUGUAGUGUUAGAAUCAACCUAUGUAAGAAGAUUGUCUGGAAGACUGGAUUGAACCCUGGUAUUUUAUUUCGAGCAUUUGUUUCAUUUGCCAGGUGUUUUAAGCGCUUCAUAUUUGUGAGAUUUAAUGUGGCGAGUUUUUCAUUUUUGGUCAAUUUUUAGGGUGAAUUUCUU